GCGCGCGCACUGACUCUGAUGCUGAGGGAAACGCCGAGGACACGAAGACGAAAAGUUCUCUGUUUUUUUAUUUGUCUUUUUUUUUUAUUCACAUUCUGGGAUCAAAUUCCGGAAUAAACUCCGAAAAUGGACCUGAGGAUUUCCUCCAUAGUUUACCUGUGUGCUAUUUUUCUCAAAGGAUCAGUGUGUGGGCUGCAGAUAUCGUCCUCGGGCCCAGCAUCUCUGGAGAAAGCAAGUGGUGACACCGUGUCUCUGGAUUGUGCCUUCACUCUCUCACCGGAGGACAGUGGACCUCUGGACAUCGAGUGGAGCCUCCAGCCAUCUGACAAUCAGUUAGAAGAGAAAGUGAUAAUUCUGUACUCUGGGGACAGGGCGUAUGAAAAUUAUUACCCCCCACUAAAGGACAGAGUGCACUUUAACUCCGCCGACCCAAAGAAUGGUGACGCCUCCAUCACACUAAUGAGCCUGAUUGCCUCAGACACUGGCACGUACCAGUGUAAAGUCAAGAAAGUACCAGGCCUCGGCAGCAAGAAGGUCCUGCUCACUGUCAUGGUGCGUCCCUCUAAGCCGAGGUGUUCUAUCGAGGGUUCUCCUUAUAUUGGAAAUGAGGUGGUUCUUAGGUGUAAAUCCACUGAUGGGACGAGUCCUAUGCAGUACUCAUGGGAGAAGACCACGGACAACAAGCUGCUGCCUGCUAAUGCUGUUCUGGAUGCUGCUGCAGGGACAGUGAAGAUCCGUAAUGCAACAGCAGCAGUGUCAGGGAGUUACCGCUGUACUGCACAGAACAGAGUGGGGACAGAACAGUGUGUAUUGACGCUCACAAUCACAGCACCCCCGAACACAGCGGGUGUGAUUGCAGGGUCAGUAAUCGGUGUGUUGCUGUUCCUGCUUCUCUUGGCUCUGCUCCUGUUCUGCUGCUGUCGUGCCCGUCAGAAAAAGAAGUAUGAGAAGGAGAUUUCUUAUGAAAUCAGAGAGGACGUUCCUGCCCCAAAGAGCCGGAUCUCUACUGCCCGCAGUUUCACCAGUGUGGGGAGUCAGCGUUCGUCUCUUGGCUCCAUGUCUCCCUCCAACCUACAUGAGUACGCCAAGUCCCAGUACAAUAAGAUUCCAUCGGAGGAGUACGAGGCUCCACCCAGCCAUGUCCCUGAUCCCCCACAAAGCCUCACCCCCAUCAUCCCAGUCAUCCCACCCAGCAGGGUAGCUGGCCCCAACCUCAGCCGCAUGGGGGCAGUUCCGGUCAUGACUCCGGCCCAGAACCGGGACGGAUCCAUCGUGUAGCAGUGAAGUGGCCAAGUGGACCAGAGGCAAGAAGAACUUCACACACUGAACUCACGAUUUAUUUAACUAGAUAAUGGGCAGAUGAAGUAAAAAGAUGUGUGUGUGCGCGUAUUUGUGCAGAUUUGGAUAAUCCAGAUUCUGCACUGUAAAUAAAUGUAAAGUUUAUUUUCAGGAGUUGUGUAGAGAUGUAGCUGUACUCUGUCUUUUCUACAUCACCCUCAAAUUAUUUUCAAGCAGUUUGAUUAAAUCCAUCUGGCACAGAUGAAAACUAAAGUUAUAAAAAUGUUCAUUUAUGAGACUGCAAUCAUUUAAUCAAAAAUUGUAAUAAAUUACUUUAUUUUGUUGGUUAAGCUAUUUUAGUCAGUAAAGCAUUGGCUAGGCAAUUUUCUACAUAUUGUCAUCUGUUUAACAUGUAGGAUCUCUGUAGUGAAGCUUAUCAAGCUACAGGAACACGGAUAACAGCAGGACCCAAGGUCAGGAACCAGGACAGGAACCUCCCUGCAAUAGAGAUUUAAAAAUGUUUCUCUUCAGUGAGAUUGUGAAAAUGGCAGAUAAGAAAACCUCAAACUUUGGGGCCAACAGUGUGUAACUUGUAGAUAAAGGUUUCUAUCUAUAUAAUAUUAUAGAAUAUGAGCUUUAUAAAACUUGCAUUAGUGUAUGAUGUGCAGAAAUGAAACCUUUAGUGGUAAAAAAGUUUCUGAAGAUCUUUAUUCACAUAAUGCUGUACUACAUUACAGUUCCAUAUAAAGCACCAAAAGAAAGAAAAAAAAUAAGUUUCUCCCCGUUGCAGGUUUUCCAAAUGUAGGUGGAGGAAAGGAUUGCAUGCAUGUAGCCAUAAAAUCCAGUUGGUUUAUCAUAUAUAUAUGGAGAUUUGGUGCAUUUCUCUUUGUGUAUCUCUGUGUAAAUGUGAUAAAUGCUACAGUGAAUUAGAAUUUGUUCUGCUCACACUAAAGUAGGACUCAAGGACACACUGCUGGCUCGGCCCUACCGGAGGCUCCAUCCCCAAUGUUUGUAGGUUGUAGAGCAAAGAAAUGAGGAAGUGAUCUCCACACUGGGGUGUGUGUGUGUGUGUGUGUUUAAUUUUGGCAGAUGAACAAUCUCACGUUGGUAAAAUACAGGCAGAAAAUAUAAAGGAAUGUAAUAUCAAAGGAGAAAUUACAAUAAAUUCACCCAUAGACUGUUAAAGUUGUUCAUUGUGGUCAUGAAAGUAAUAAUGAUGAAUCUUGUUGUCCUGCACUGUGUCUUGUGUGUUCACCAGGUCGACACUUCAGUUCUGGUGGGAUUCUGUUUCAUAUUAGAUUGUAAUAAGCUGUCUGUCUGUCUGUCUGUAGGGUGUGUUGUCUCUGUUACUAUAGAGGUAGAAAUGUAGGGAUGUGACAAAAAAACUACUUUUUAAAUUUGACCAUCUAAAAUAAUUAACUUCGAGGUUAGGCUUAACAUAGAAUUAGACUAGAUUUAACCAGGAGUAAGACACUGGGGGAAUCCCACAAGCAACAAACCCCAUGAACUCAGAAGGAGGGAAGCUGUUGGUUGUUGAAGCAGUUGUGUCUCUCCUUCUUUCUAUCUGUUUAAUAUUUUACAUUUUUAACAUUUUUUAAAUUGAAUUCUUUUGUUUAUUUUUAAAUAAAAAAAAAAACCAGA